AUGGAAAACCUUCCUGACUUCCUACACCCAGCGAGCAAGAUACCACCCACAUGGGCAGCUGUGCUUGCUAUCAUAGGCUUCGCAGUCUAUCGCCUCCUUCAGAUCGGUCGACGUGACCCCCGUAUGCCAAAGGGGCCGCCUACUGUUCCUAUCCUCGGCAACUUCCACCAGAUCCCUUCAAGUGGACUGUACGCAAAAUUCCGCGACUGGGCUGCCGAGUAUGGUCCUGUAUUCUCGCUCAAGUUCGGACCGACCAAUAUCAUCGUCCUGUGCGACCGCAAGGCCGUCCAUGCGCUGCUAGACAAGAAAGGUGCCAUUUAUUCUAUUUUCUCGUCCAAGAAGCAGAGUAUGUGGAUUAUUUCGCGCACACGACUCUGCCUUACUGAAUGUCGGUGCCUAUAUAGGGCAACGGUUCUCCUGGAUGACCUUCUGAGCAACCCCGGUGGCUUCUUCAACCACGUGCGACGAUACACUGCUUCAUCCGCUUCUGUGCUUGCUUUUGGCCACCGCGGUCCUACUUUCGAUUCGUUUUGGGGUCACGUGGUCUAUGAUGUUAUGGAUCGAUGGACCGAAGCAAUGGAGGCGGGCGCCAAUCCACCCGUAGACGAGUAUCCUAUUCUGAAGCUCAUCCCCAAGCGCUUCGCUUAUUGGAAAAGGCGUGCAAUUGCAGCGGGCGAAGUGUUUGACACAAUGUGGGGGAAAGCACGCCGCAUUGUUAACGAGCGCCGAGCGAGUGGCAUCCGCAGGGAGUGUAUAACUGAUAACAUGCUGGACGAGUACAACAGGAAGGGCUGGCCGAUGCCCCAACACGCGUUCAACAACCUGAUUGGCGCAAGAUACAAAUCCAGCGUCAUUGACACUCGAGUUGAUGUGAGCCAAAAUGAUCAGGUCACCAGCUGGACACAUGACACCAUACGACACUUCGGGCGCUUGGACGGUGCAGCAAACGUGGCCGGGAUAGCCAUGGGCGAAGGGGCAACUACUUGCGAAACUAUGACCGCUGAAAGCUGGGAUCGGAUGAUGGAUGUGAACCUCAAAGGCGUAAUGCUCUGUAUGCGGGCGCAGCUACCUCAUCUCCCUCGCCCUGGAGGCGCCAUUGUCAACGUCUCGAGUACCUCUGGGCUCCGCGGCCUGCCGCACAACGCGGCAUACUCGGCGAGCAAGUUUGGGGUUAUCAGUUUAAGCGAGUCCGCCGCUGGGGAAUUUGGCCCACUCGGUGUACGCAUCAACUCUCUGCUCCCUGGGCCUAUUGAUACCGCAAUCUUCCGUGACGGAGAGGCUCGCGGGCAUUUUGACUCCAAUGCUUUGACUAAAGAUACAUGUCUCCGCCGGAUGGGCCAGGCAAAAGAAGUCGCCAAAGUUCUGUGUUUCUUACUUUCUGACGAUGCCUCGUAUGUAACUGGAGCGCAUUGGACAGUGGAUGGUGGGUAUAGUGCAUGUUAA